UUCGGAAAGCAAGCUGGAUUUCCCCGCGGCGCUGCUGCUCGUGUGAAAAGCAUUUUCUGUGGCUUGAAGGGAGAUCCACUCCUCCACGGAUUUGAAUGAGGAGAGGGGGAGGUGCGAAGGUGUGCGGCGGGAGGAGUGAGCAGCAGAGAAAGGGAGCUCGAGCGACUGGCGGCGGCGGCUGCUGCCUCUCGCCUACCGCACAGAACCGGGCAGACAAAGGGGGCGCGAGCGGGAGGCUGUGUGGGAGCGCGGGCUGCAGCCUCAAGGUCACAAGCUCCCCUCCCCAGCAGAGCGGAGAGAGCCCAGAAGCGCGCGGGAGGGAAGCCGCCCCUCUGCCCGCCCUCCCCCUCCCCCUCCCCCCUCCUCCACCCCGCGCCCCUCGACUGCGGCGCCUUGCAUCCCGCCUACCCCUUCCCAGCCCCUCAGCUUCCCGCCCCCUUUCCCACCCUUCCCGUCCCCAUCGGUGGUGCGCGCGCGCCCGGCUGGCUGCGUGAGGUUUGCUCCGGCUCGACCAGGACAGAGUGCCUCAGGCGCGAAGGCACCACCAGCUUCUUGGGAAGGCAUCACCGCCGGCAGGCAGCUGAGCGGUCCUCGCAGCAAAAGCAGCAGCCCGCCGUGGAGGGUCACCUCGUCGCACGCGCCAGCUUCCCUCCUUCCCCAGCCGGAGUGCCCUGGGCUUUGGGGGACGCCAUGCCGGGAGCGCCGUCGACUCCCAGGCUCUGGCCGCCCGGCCACCGGCCCCGGCGCGACAGUUCGGGCGGCGCUCGUCGGCUCGCCGUGGCGGGAUAAUGCGCCGCCGCCGCCGCGCCUGCUGGUCGCCUACCCGAGAGGCCCCGAGUCGCCGCCAUGUCCCCCCCAGCCUCGGCGGCCGCGGCCAGCAGCAGCGAGAGAGGCAGCAGCACCUCGGUGCCUCAGGAGGAGGCGGAGGGGGGCCGAGAGGAGCAUGUGGAGCAGCAGCGGCCAGUAAAGCAGUCCCUUAGCAAGUCACUCUGCAGAGAGUCACAUUGGAAAUGCCUGGUGCUCUCCCUUCUCAUGUAUGGCUGCAUGGGAGCCAUGACUUGGUGCCAUGUAACUGAGGUGACCCGGCUGACGUUUGAUAGCGCCUACAAAGGAAAGUCCAUGGUGUACCAUGACAGCCCCUGCUCCAAUGGCUAUGUCUACAUUCCCCUGGCUUUCCUGGUCAUGCUGUACGUGGUCUACCUGGUGGAGUGCUGGCACUGCUACACUCGCAAUGAACUCCAGUACAAGGUGGAUGUUGAGAGUGUGCAUGAGCGUGUCCAGAGGAUGCAGCAAGCCACACCAUGCAUCUGGUGGAAAGCCAUCAGCUACCACUAUGUCAGGAGGACUCGCCAGGUCACCCGCUACCGCAACGGAGAUGCUUAUACCACCACCCAAGUGUACCAUGAGAGGGUCAACACCCAUGUGGCAGAGGCAGAGUUUGACUACUCCAACUGCGGGGUGAAAGACAUCUCAAAGGAUCUGAUUGACCUGGAGAACUUCCCGGCCACUCGGCUUCGUUUCACCAAGUGCUUCAGCUUUGCCAAUGUGGAGUCCGAGAACUCUUAUCUAACCCAGAGGGCGCGCUUUUUCACAGAGAAUGAGGGACUGGAUGACUAUAUGGAGGCGAGAGAAGGUAUGCAUCUCAAGAAUGUGGACUUCAAAGAGUACAUGGUGGCCUUCUCAGACCCAGAUAACCUACCUUGGUAUGUAUCCCACUAUGUCUUCUGGGUGGCUGCACUCUUGACUUUGUCUUGGCCCUUACGGGUCUUGAAUGAGUACCGCACUUCCUAUGUCCACUACCAUGUGGAGAAACUCUUUGGGUUUGAUUAUGUGGCCGUCACUCCGGCUGAAGAACGCCCUUACUGCCGGAGGAUGCCCCGGGUCAACACAGUAGAUAGUACAGAGCUAGAGUGGCACAUCCGGUCUAACCAGCAGCUGGUGCCCAGCUACUCAGAGGCAGUCCUCAUGGACUUGGUGGGACUGUCUAGCUGCACUACCUACUCCACCUGCCACUACGGGAGCUACAGACAAAACUGUGAGCAGUGCCACAGGACUAUAAGCAGCUCUUCCAUCUUCUCCCGCAGUGCCCUCAGUAUCUGUAAUGGCAGCCCCAGAAUCCCUUUCAGCAGCAGCCGCUUCUCCCUGGGCCGCCUCUAUGGCUCACGGCGCAGCUGCCUUUGGCAGAGCCGGAGCGGGAGCCUCAAUGAGCAGAGCUGCCCAACUGAGCAGACCCGCCUGUCCAGCCAAGUCACUGUGGAGGAGGAGGACCCCCCUCCUUACCAGGACGCCCUCUACUUCCCCAUCCUCAUUGUGCAUCGGAACGAGGGCUGCCUCAACCACGACCACCGCCAUCUCCAUCGGAAUGGGUCCUGUGUGGAGACCUCACUGUGAGGGUGUGGACGUACCCUACAAGAAGUACCCUAUGCCCAGACAUGGCGUUUGUGAGCAGAUAGGGUAGCACAGAAAUAGAGGUUCCAACACACAUCCCUGCGAGUCAGAGAGGAUCAUUCCCUUUUAUCAUCCCACAGAGGACUCAACAACUCCCGAGUCCGGUUCUAGCUCUGGAGGCCUGCAGUGGCUUUGCCUUGAGGCAGGUGGCUUACACCACCAUCAGAACCACGGCACAGAACUGCAAUCUGACAGCCACAUGCAAAAAACAAACCAACAAACAAAAACUAAUAAGCAGAAAGGAGGGACAGUAACAGCCCAAGUAUCUGAGCUAUUUCUUCCCAGUUCUGCCUCCAGCUACCAAGGGCAUCUUGACAAUAUCUAGCAGAGACAGUCCCUGGCUCAUACCAUGCAGAGGACUGUUAUCCCAGAUAGACUUGCACUCCAGCAGAUGAAUCCAUGGCAGUGUAGCAUGUUUCCUUCAGAAGCAUGGCAAGUAACUGCACUGAUUUCCCCAGCACGAGGAGCUGAAAGGUAGUUGAGAAGCAGCAACGUCAGGCCUUCUUCCUUUUUCUAGACCACUCUCCGACUGUUAAGCUAUUCUCAGUUGCUGGGAACAUAAGAUCUUAGGAUGUCUUCUUGGAGAGCCUCAGUGUUUCAUAUCUCAGAAUCAGCAUCCCAUAGGUAAAUCUUAAAACAUUCAUAGUCCUUUCUUUUUGUGGCAGCAGCAAGUGAGAACAAACAGGGAAUUUACAAAGGAAACCUCAGACUUUGAUAUAAUGGGGUCUUGAGUCCAAGCCCAGGAGAAGGUCCAUUUCACAAAGAAAGGCACGGCAUCUGCCAUGUUAUGUGUGAGGUAUCUGCUGGCAUUGGGAUGGAUAUCUUGGGAGGAGCUGCUCACCUUGUCAUGUUGGAGCUGCUUCAUUAUGGAGUCUCACAGAGAAAAUCUUUCUGCAAUCAGUAAUGGUUUCUUCCAGCAAAACUUCAUCAUAAUUUACCCACCUAUACAAUACUUCCAGGAACUGCUGAAAAUCUGUGACUCCAUGUUGCUGUUCAGUGGGGUGCCACUUUAACAAACGCACCAGUUACAAACACAACGUCUUGCAUUUCCCUUUCCUUUAAAUGUCCACUCUAAAUUUAUGGGAACAAACACCCUUCUUGAAGCACCACACAUUCUAGAGACUUUCGGAAUUUUUCAGAGUUCCCACUGUGAUUUUAUUUUUCUAAGCUGGUUUGUAAAACAAAGUGAAGGAAAGAGCCCUCAAACUUUCACUUGGGAAAUCUUUCUGUUUUCUUCAGUAUGGGCUACUUCUAGUGCAAUCCUAGCUAUUCAGUUAUUGGGGGGAAAUAUAGCUGGAAUGUGUCUGGAUGAUUUAGUAUCUGUAUUAGUCACAUGGUUUGAGUAUUCCCUAGCAGCACUGUCAGAUGAUAGAAAAUGAGUCCUGAUGUUGGACAGCAUCCCAUUAAUCAAUCAAGGUGAAAAAUGCUUAUUUUUAAAAAUGAGGCCUAGACGCACUAAUGAAUCUCCAGAGGCAAGGAAGACAUAUGCAUAGGAGCAGGUGAUAAAAAGUGUAUUCGUUCCCCUCCAAGUAAUAUGAUACGAUUUUUGUGGCUUGCUUUUCUCUCUCACUAAGCAACAAUGCUUCACUAGUGCUGUGGGAAAAUGCAUAAUAAGUUGUGUGUGACUGAUGUAAAAGGAGCUUUUCCAUAUCUGUCUUUCAUGGUUCUAUAAAUCUGUCUUUCAUGGCUUUUCCAUCAGAGCUGGAUGGAAAACCUGCUCAGAAACAUAAAUAUAUACGCAUUAAAUAUAAAACAAAGUAAGAAAAAAUGAAAUACGUUUUCAGGAUGGAACAAAUUCCUCAAAAAUAUUACUUUCUUAUUUAAAAGAUUUAAUAGAAAACAGCUUUUGGAAUGUUUUGUUCAGCUCAAUUGAAUUUCAAAGUCUCAACAUUUAGGGAAAACAAAACACAGCAAUUUAAAAUUGCUAUCUUGGAGGCAUUUCAUAUGGGUGUUGCAAUGCAGAGUAGACAUGUAUACCCAAAUUUAUCUGGGAAUUUUCAGAGGAUAAAAGAUCCACAGACACAGUGGAUAAAAAAUAAUCAUCUUGCGCCUUGGUGCGAGGUCUUGAAGCACUGAGUUUACAUAUUCAUAGCCAGCUAUUUCUUUCGCUGCAUCUGUUCAUUUCCAUGAACAAAAAUGCUGCUAGUGGUUUUGGUAAGGAUGUAGUAAGCAUCAAGGCUUACAUAGGGGAUAGUUCUACAGUUUUACAUUUGCUGCAGGGGUGGUGCCAUAAGAUGUUUGAUAUGUUAGUGGAGCUAUACAUUCCUGAAUCUAAUGUUGUAGAAUAAUGGUUUACUUGCCAGAAUCCAAAACCAAACCACUUUGCUUUUAAAAAUUCAGUUAUGCUAGGACAAUGACAAAGAAAUUAUAAUCUGGAUUGUAUCUAUGCAUCUGUAAAAUCAUUGUACGAAUGUAGAAUCUAUUAUCUAUAUAUGAAUUUCAAAUAUUCAGUGUUGGACAUAGAAUAUGGAAUUGUGACAAUCGGCUUUCUUUAAAACAAACAAAAGCUUUUGUCCCUCAUGGUUGUGGCGAAGAAUGGCUUGUAAAUGCAUAGGCAGUGUAUGGUGAAAUCUUGGAAAGGAUCUGGUUUGGGAUUCUGUUGAUCAGGUUGUGGCACUUCAGUGCCCCGAGCAGCUUCCAUUCCAUAUUCCAGAGUUAUUGUCCCCUGUCCUUAUCAUGCCACAAUUUCUGUCGUCAUCUACACCCUUCUCUCCUUGCUUUUGCCAGUCCAUAUCAAUAGCAAUAGUAUACCACAAUUCUGGUAGCAGAAUUACGUACACAUUUAGUAAAUAAAUGCCAGUCUCUGCAGUUCUGGUAGCAGAAUUACAUAUAAAUUCACUAAAUAGAUGCCAAUCUACUUCAUUUAUUUGGUUUGUUCAGAGGGCACAGUUUAGGGUUGUUUGACCAUUUGGUGCAUAGUUCACAUAGCAGACCUUUUCAUUUCUUGUUAAGAUAAAGCAUUGCCUGCUGGGAACUGUAGUCAUUUCAGCCUGCAGUUUUAUGAGCUACUUCAGAAGCCAUAUAAUCAGUUCUCCCUUGCCAUGGCUUGUCUUGAGGUUGGCUUUGUCCAUUCUCUGAUUUGUCAUUGCUUUAUAUUUUAUUUAUUUCUCAUGUUGUGAGAGAAAAGUUUGCUUCAGAUGGCGAUGCUAACGAACAACUGUACCUGGCAUCCUUUUAGCUGUACCCCAUAAUACACAUAACACUUUGGCCUUCUGAGAAGGGUGGUUGUUUUAUAGCCAGUUGAAUGACUCCAGUGAGCACUUUUUCCAGCUAGGAGUAGCUGUCCACUGGUAAGGUGAUGGGUUUCAGAUGGACAAAGCCAUGUUUUCCUUGUGGCCAUCAGGCAGCAUGUCAUGUAAAAUACACAAAGAUUAUGCAUUUCAUAAAGUAAAGGAGGAGUGAGGCAGCCGGGUAUUCUGAAAAGGACAUUUUGCUUGUCUAAGGGUGAGGUGAUGUAAAAGUAACUUCACCAUGUCUUCCAGGGGGCUAGAAGGGGGCCUAGGGUGUAAUCAAUGUACCUUCUGUUAUAUAAGCUUUUGGGACUCCACGUGUAGAUGUGCUGGGAACCCAACUGAAGGCAGAAGGGCAGGGUAGGAGAGAGGAUAAACCCCACUACCUAUGCAGAAAAAUAUUGGGUUGAAACGACCUCCAAACCUUCCAAACUGGUUGUACUUGUGGAUACCACAUUAAUACUUCUUGCCACCACUGAUAAAUACUUGUGGCGGCAGAGGGCAGCACAAGGGGCCUGUUUUUCUCAGCCAAUGCAAGAAGCUACUACUCACUGUCCCUAAAGGCUGCUUUGCAGACAAUUGAAACCAGAGUCCUCCCUUUUCUCCUGAAGCAGGGCAGAGAGUAAGGAUGUGAUGUCUCUGAGCCGCCAAAAUCCCUUCUCCAAACUAUCAACUUAGGGCUAAAAGAAGGCUAAAACACCCCUUCCCUACCCCCACAAACAGGUGUGUGGGUGGGUGUGGCAUUGGUUUUAGAGACAGCAUCCUGAGGGAGGGAGGCAGUGAGGGGUUUUUCCUAGUUCACACCCCCACCCCCACAAAUUUCAUAGGGUCCUCAGCCACUUGUCUCUAAUGACUACAUUGUCCUAGUACCUCUAAAGGGGAUAAUCCAUCAGGAGCAGAGAGGAUGGCAUUGGCAGGCCUCUGGCAGGACCUGACUGAAGCUCCCCCUUAGCUCACCACAUUGCAACCAAUCUGAUUGAAGCAUUCACAGAAAUUUGCUGGUGCUCUGCUUGGCCCUUGCUCUUGCCUAUCCUCAAUGGGAAGGGCUUUAUACUGGCUUUAAAUCUCUCCCCGAUGAGUUUGGUGUGUGAAUGUGUACUUUGAAAGAGGUAUUUCUAGACAGCUCAUGACCAGAUGAGCAAAAUUAAGUUCAUACAGCACACUGAAUGUUUUGAAGUCAUGUAGAAGUUUUUGAUAACACACUGUCGGCAGCGUCCAGACUAGUCUUGCUUUAGCAUAAAUGUUGUUGUGCUAGCUGAAAGACCUAGUGGAAGGUUUUUGUGUGAAGGAAGUAGCCGCUGUGCAAACUCAUUCUUGCACGAGGGGAAGAUGUUGCACUCUUCCUAGCAUGACAUGGCACACCAGCUAAUUGUUACACAACAAUUGCGCACCCUUUUGCACAAGUUCAUACAUGUUCCUACAAAGCGCCUUCUUCCACUAGCAGUAGCCCAACAAGGUGCACUAGUUAAUUCCAGUGCAUUAAUUCUAGUUAAAUCAUAUGUGGCACAAGUUCAUAUGAGUUCCUGAGAAGGUUCAGUUUUUGCUAGUGGUAGCAUAACGUUGCAGAACACCUCAACUGCAGAGAGUCCUUCCAUGAUGCUACCACAUGUCACAGGGCAUUUAAAAAUAAGGUGGGGCUGUUUUACUUUUGUUGCAGGGCUUUGUCCUCCUAAGGAAAGAUAUGACAAAACAAGCAUGUCCAGUCUGAGACACAUUGAUAUAGAAAAGUUGUGGGCUGAAAGGUUGGUGGUAUUGGUAGGAGAGAAAGGGAAUGUGUGUGAGUAUAUAUGUAACCGAAGAGAGAAUUUGGGAUCAGGAGCUGAGAGCAAUUCCCACAAAAAUUUGCCUAUACAAAAAAAUAGUCCUCGUGGACCUUAUGAGUAUUACAUUAAUUCAACAAAUUAAUUUAAAUGCAGAAGCAGCUUUCUCCUACUUUUUGUUACCAUGGAAAUGACUGACAGGUCUGCUGUCUGUAGGAGAGCAAAUAAACAUAAUAGGACACUUGUCUUUUUCACCUCCCUAUGACUGCUACUCUGUGUCAUCCCUCUAGCAAGCUAGACACACGCAAAGGUGUAUCAGUGCACUUGUGUUGAAGAAGCAAAAAUGUGGCUUCACACGCUUUUCUGUAUGUAAAACAAGCAUCAUGGUGGAGUCAGGGAAGAGAUGCUGAAGGAUACAAAGAGUCAUAUGUAGAGUUUCGUAGGUAAAGCUUGCUAUUCCACAAUCUAAUAGCUAGCACUGGAUUAAAAUUAGUUUACUGUUAUCAGAAGUUGUGCUCAUAUUAUGCUUUAUUAUGUUGCACAGUCCUCCCGUUGUUCUAAGUGAGAUGCACUGCAUAUGCAUUCUACAAGUUGCAAUGUUCUACUAAAAAGCACGCAGGUGCUGGUUGCAGAGGCAGGGUGCCUUCAUGUCUACUAUGCACAGCGCCAUCGCUGUUUCAAUGCUGUUUUCAUUAUGGAAGCAGCAUCGGAACAGUGACGACACUGUACUUAGUAGGUACAGCUCCAUGACUAGCACCUGCAUGCAUCUGAGUAGAAUGCUGCAGUGUGUGUGCAUCUUGCUUGGAAUGACGGGGGACUGCGCAGUCCUUAAACCACCAUUCUUUAGGUAGCUGGAAUAUACUACGUGGUAUCUGUAAUCCUUCUCUAGCAUAAUAUGGGGACAAAAAGCAAUUGCCCGCAAUGUACAGCUAAUGUACUCUGGGAAAGUGCCAUUAAACUGUAAUGUGAGCAGAAACUCUCUUAACUUCCCCAACUUUGCACUUCCAAAAUCAAUGUUUGUGUUGCUUAUAGGAAAAGAUAAGUAGCCAAGAUGCAGAAAUGCCUUGUGGGUUGCAUGCAUUCAGUUUAGAACAGCAGAAGCAGAGCUUGCAGUUUUGUCUGGCCCCAGAUUUUCAAAGCAGUAGAAUCAAAUGUAAGGAAUCUGCUUCCUGCCCUGAUUUCAUUCUCCAGAGUUCAAAAGUCUGUAAGCCACUUCUCAUUAAACCAUCCCUUGCAGAGAAAGAUGGUAGAUCUGAUGGUUCAUCCUGCUUUGUUCUACUGGAUAGAUCACACAUAGAAGGAUCAGGAGCACAGAGCAGAAAUGCUAUUUGGAUAGGUGGCCUGUAUUUUCAGCUUUUGAUGAGACCCACAAAAUGCUUUCUUAGCAUCACAAAAUCCUUCCAACCACUGGAAAACAUUUGAAUUGUCUCAGCCAUUUUGUGAUAUCUCUUAACAGUUUCUCCAUGUUUGUGAUAACAGCAGCCAUUUAUAGAUAAAGUAAAACAGAGUGAGAAACAUAAAUACCCCAUUAUAACAACAAUAGUUUUCUUUCAUGACAUAUAUUGAAGGUUAAAUGGUAACUGUAUUCUUUUUAAUAUAGUCGCAGAUCCACCAUGUGUAUUGCAUCGCUUGUAUGCCAGUUAAUUCUUUUUAAACCAUAAUUUUUAAACCUUUAAACCAAUACUCAACCUGAGCCUUCAAAUCAAACUAGGCUAUACAUCUAAAUAAAUGCCUCCAGUAACCCUGCGUGAGUUUUGUACUAUUUCUAUUUUACAGAUGGAGCAACUCAGGCAGAUCAUAAUUUCUCUGGUGUGCAUUAAUGAGUCUGUGGCUGAGCAGAAACUUGAACCCAGGCUCAAGGCUGUCCUCCAGUCAUAGGACAAAACAUAUUUUUAUUUUAUGACGACAAGAGAUAGGUCAGUAACAGUACUAUCACCUGCUAAAAAGUACAGUCAAAGCAAGGUUUCCUUCAUGACUCCUGCCCACUUGCCAUCUUAACAUGUAGGUUCUCUGUGGUAGAUAAAUGUAUGUGACAGAACAUCAGCUCCAAGUGGUCUUAGUACUGGGAGGGGGCUUAGAGGAUUUGGCCAGAUGUCUUUCUGUCACAUCCAUCUGGAGCACAUACUCUGAAAAGGACAGUCACAGAAAACUCUACAGCCCUGUAGUCCUAUAGCGCUUAGAUCUUCACUGAAUGAACACACACCUCAUUUGCUUGCCAGUUAUUUUUCCGCACAUUUUAAAAUCCCAUAAUUAUCCCAAAUUUAUUUUUGCUUUUCUUCACUCUACAGGCAGGUUGCUCUGUGAGUGUCAAACUCAUUCAUUUGCAGAUUAAAUCCAACCUUGAGCUAUCAGGCCUCAUCUGCAUUGCAAGGAGCUGUGCUUACCUUGCUUGACUGGCUCAGGGUCUUGGGCCUUUUCCUGAGUGACAAAAAUAUUUCCUCUUACUUCAGGUGUGUAAUUUAAGUAAUAAAUGAUUUUGUAACUUCAAUAAGCCAGUCUGCCUCAGCAUCAAGAACUAAGUGGUUGAUGGUAAAUAUCUGAUGUUCUAGAUGUGUCUCAGGGGGAUAUUUUGUAGCUGCUGCCAUUGGCAUAUUUCUCAUGUUGGGGCAACUCUCUGUAGUUCAAGCCACUGGAGCAUCCACGCCUGAGUUAGGAAGGGAGCAAACUCACAGGUUUGUAAGGACUGUGAGGUGAUGCUGUCAACACCUCUAACAUAGCUGCAGCUGCCAUCUGAGAGAACCUCACACACGUAUCCUUUCUGAUCUAUUAUGGCCAUGACAUCAAGCAGCUAAAAGCCCCAUUGGUCAAGGGCAUGCAAGCAGCAGAGCCACAGAUGGACGUUUCAAUCCAUCACUCAGAAUGAAGAAAUGGUGGGGAUCUAUCCAAUUCUGACAAACCUUUUCCGUGAGCACUGAGAACAGUUUUUACUUUUCAAUAUGUCAGUAUGAUCUAGCUCUGUUCGUCUAUCUCUCUGUAUGUAUGUACAAACAGUAUAUCACAAUGUUGCCUUUUUGUUGGAAAUAUCAAAGUACAAAGAUUGUAAACCAAAUUGGUGUAAUAAAAGUUCCAGAUAAUUCA